UUGUUGUGGCGUCUGCCCUUUUCGCUCACUCUCUCUCCGUGUCGCUACUGCCGCCCGCCGCCUCCCCUUUUCUCAUCUUCCUCACCCACCCCUUUCUCUCCGUCUCCUCGUCCCUGCACCUCAGUCUGCUUGUGUUGUCUCGGCGGAUUGUUGGACUGUGGGAGAGAAAGGAUAUCGCGAGUAUUGGAGUUUUGGUGAGAGUUUGUGGAAGAUGGCGCCUGUUGUGACAGGGAAGUUCGGGGAGCGCCCUCAGCCACAGCGCCUAACAAGAGAAGCCAUGCGGAAUUACCUAAAAGAGCGAGGAGACCAAACUGUUAUGAUCCUGCACGCGAAAGUUGCACAGAAAUCCUACGGCAAUGAAAAAAGGUUCUUUUGCCCCCCUCCCUGUGUAUACCUGAUGGGCAGCGGCUGGAAGAAAAAGAAGGAACAAAUGGAGCGUGACGGCUGUUCCGAACAGGAGUCCCAACCCUGUGCCUUCAUCGGCAUCGGCAACAGCGACCAGGAAAUGCAGCAGCUCAACUUGGAAGGAAAGAACUAUUGCACAGCCAAAACCUUGUACAUAUCCGACUCCGACAAGAGAAAGCACUUCAUGUUGUCUGUGAAAAUGUUCUACGGCAACAGCGCAGACAUCGGUGUCUUCCUCAGCAAGAGGAUCAAAGUCAUCUCCAAGCCCUCCAAAAAGAAGCAGUCCCUCAAGAAUGCAGAUUUGUGCAUCGCAUCAGGGACUAAAGUGGCACUGUUUAACCGGCUGCGCUCCCAGACCGUCAGCACACGUUAUCUGCACGUGGAGGGGGGCAACUUCCAUGCUAGCUCGCAGCAGUGGGGCGCCUUCUACAUCCAUCUGUUGGAUGACGAGGAGUCUGAGGGUGAGGAGUUCACUGUGAGAGAUGGUUACAUCCACUACGGACAGACGGUCAAGCUUGUGUGCUCUGUCACUGGCAUGGCCCUGCCCAGACUGAUAAUCCGUAAGGUGGACAAGCAGACGGCGCUGCUGGACGCCGAUGACCCUGUCUCCCAGCUCCACAAGUGUGCCUUCUACCUGAAGGACACUGAGCGCAUGUACCUGUGCCUUUCCCAAGAAAGGAUCAUCCAGUUUCAAGCCACUCCAUGCCCAAAGGAACCAAACAAGGAGAUGAUCAAUGAUGGCGCCUCCUGGACAAUCAUCAGCACAGAUAAAGCUGAAUACACUUUCUAUGAGGGAAUGGGCCCAGUCCACUCUCCUGUCACCCCUGUGCCUGUGGUAGAGAGCUUACAGCUAAAUGGUGGUGGGGACGUAGCCAUGCUGGAGCUGACAGGGCAGAACUUCACUCCACAGCUUCGGGUUUGGUUUGGAGACGUUGAGGCGGAGACGAUGUACAGGUGUGCAGAGAGCAUGCUGUGCGUGGUGCCCGACAUCUCUGCGUUCCGUGAGGGCUGGCGCUGGGUGAGGCAGCCCGUGCAGGUGCCUGUCACUCUGGUCCGGAAUGACGGUAUCAUCUACUCCACCACUCUCACCUUCACCUACACCCCAGAGCCCGGGCCACGGCCACACUGCAGUGCCGCGGGGGCCAUCCUGCGCGCGGGAAACUCCAGCCUCCUGAACAACAGUAGCCAGGAACCCGCUAACGUGUACGGCCCCACGGGCACCAACCCAGGGGUCACAUCCACGUCAUCCACCGCUGCGGCUGUGGUCUCCUAACGCACAACUCGGCACACACAGACUGCAAAGGACUAACAGACUCCCUCAAAGUGCUGAAUUUUUGGAUGCAAAGAAAAGGUGGGGCAGUGGAGCAGGAGGGGGCGAAAGAAUCCCGCUCCUGCCCAUCCACUUCCUGUUGGGGGCGGGCUCAAAGCACCAGCACCUUUUUACAGCUGUGAGAACAUCUGCCGCCAAAUAAAUGCCACGUGUUGGGAAUGUCGCUUUAGCCCCGCCUACCACUUGUUUUAUACUGUUCCCAUUGUGGUUUCCCAAGCAGGUGGAUGUGAUGUUGUCAGAUGCAGAGGGACACACAAAUGUGCCGAUUGCAUAGUUUUUAUGGACCAAGGAUCUUGUAUAAGCUUUAGUAAAGGUACAUUUUUCUCCAUACCUUUUUGUAUUAAACAUAUAGUACACUUUUGUUACCAAAUAGUUUCUACUCUUCCUCUGAGCUCGGGCAUUGUUCCCUGGUCCAGAAUCCCAGCCUGUAUUUUAUGUGAACUUCCAAACACCUCCCCCAGUGCUCAGAAGUUCACUUUUCUUUUUGAUACUCUCUUCUUCUGUUGGGAAAUCUCAAGUCUUGGUUGUGUAUUUACAUAAACAAAGGUUGUUUUGUUUGUUUUAUAAUUGGGGAAUAACCUCAGAGGGCCUAUUUUUAUCAUUGGUUUUUAUGAAGUCUUUAAAAGAAAAGCUUUAAGCAAUGCCUCUGCCUUGCCUGCAAUACUAUUACAUGGCUAUGUCUCUUAAAGUGCUGUCCAUCUGACAGGAGCCAUAGCAGAACCUAGAACAAGACUUCCAUGGUUACGAGACAUAUUCAAACUAAUGUAAUAAGUAGUCAUUGACUCAAACUAGCCUUAGUACUGUAUAUUGACUGUGUACACAGUGGACCCAAUCACAUAUCUAAUGGCCUGUAUCUGUCGCUCUGUUGGUCACUGUACAAGUAUCAAUAACAAGGAGGACUGUGGUGGCGCUCUCGCUGCGCCUGCAGGGGGCGCUCUCACUGCACCUGCAGGGGGUCUUCCAGUGUGCUCCGCUUCAGCCUCUCUUCUCCAAAAGUGGGGUGUGAUGAACAGACACUUUUCAAUUUGAUGUGGCCUUACCGAUAACUUCAAUUUCCAAAUGUGUCACCUUCUAUCUGCUGUUUACUCACCGCGGAAGAACCUGUGCGUAGCACAGACACGCUGUGGCCUGGCCUCUUCUCAGUGCUGUUGUGCCGAGCAGCCUUCUCUUCAGUGUAAAGUCAAACCUGCUUUUAUGACCAUGUGGUGCGCAGCACCUUCACUUUGGUACAGUAUCUGUGAGUCAGCCUUCUAGCCUUUACAAAGCUCCUGUGGUUUUCUCUUUGCUCAAACUUACACUAUGUACAUGUAAAGUCACUGUUCCGUAGUUGCACUCACAGCGCCUCCUGUUGGAGUAAAAAGCCUUCUAACUGUAUUGUUGAAUAUUGCAUUUCCAACAGCAAUACUGUACAGGUCAUUUGUGUUUCAUUGUUUGUCCGCCUGAGCACUAGUUCACCAGCCAGCAAAUAUAAAUAUAAAAUAUAUAUAUGUAUGUGUGCGUAUGCGUGUGUCUUGCAUAGUUGCUGUAAUGGAAAAAUGAGUCAGACUCACUCCAUUUCAAAGUGUGAAUCCCAAAAACAAACUUGAGACUUGUGUCUUCCACCAGAACCUAAAUGUCUGCUCCAGGCAAACACACAUUCAGAGGCAAUACAUGUGUCCACAGUAUUAUGUCCACCUGUGGAGUCCAGCUCCAUGGGACGAGAUCUGCUGUCACUUGAAUGUCUGUUUAAUGAAGUCUUUCAAUCCGUCAAACCAAGCCUUGAAAAUUAGUGAAAGAACAAACUGGAUUUGCUUGUAAAAAGAAAGUCAGAUUAAGUUAUGCCCCACAUGUCAAUUAUUAAUGUUAUAUGUUUUAUAUUGUAUAUUUUUAAAUUAUUGGUACUCCCUUUUCCCCUUGUCUUAUGUCACAAAGAAGUGCAUUAUCGCCCUCGCUGCCUAGUUUGGCCUGGGAGUGCAUUGAGUAGACCACUCCAGUCGGUGCUGCAGCACAAGUGUAGCAUCCUUAAACAUAAAGUCUUCUUCACGUUGACCUUUACAACAAGGCCAACCAUUUGAACCCUUUACUCUGCACAUGGUCUCCAAACCUUAAACAAACUUUUGUCUUUUGUUUCAUUUAAACUCAAUUUGACCACUUCCCCUCCACCUUCAGUAACUGUUGUUUACAUGUGGAGCAGUGUUUUAGGGUCAUGCCUCCCCAUUCUUCACACUUGUUUCGGACACAUGGUUACAUUGGCUCUCUGAGGGCGAUGCGUUCAAGUGCGUUGUCCUGACAAUCCGAGCUGGUUUACAGUUUGAAAUAAAGGAAUUUCUGUAACUCUUUAUAAUAACCACACUUUAAUUAGUAUUAGUAUAUCAUGAGCAAAGACUUCAUUCAUAGUAAUUACUUAAUUACUAGCUUUCUCCCACUUCUAACUCCUUUAUUAAAUAGUUACUAAGCCUGAACCAUUCUUAAUAAACUAUUUGUUCAUAUAAUUAAUGUGGUUGUUCAUGCUAUACUAAGGCUAAAUAAACUGCAAUUAUUAUGAAAGUGGUACUGGAAUUUUCCAUAUAAAAAGGGGUGAUUAUGUUACAUGCCUUUUGCUGUAUUCGCAACACGUACCGCUUCUCUCGCUCCAUGCGUUUAUAUCAUGUACUCUACUUCCGAAAGCAGCUGUUCAUUUGUGUUAUUGUUUAUUUUUAAUGAGCUCUGAACAAUGUAUGUAUCCUCUAAUAUGCCAAAUGUCUUUUUAUAAUGUAGUUUUCAUGCACUGCUAAACAAACAGGGCCGAGUGAGUGGCAGCUUUAAACUAUUAAAAAAACUAAAGAGUGUGGAGCCCUUGUGUCGCACUCAGCCUUAUACUUCUCCUUAAAGACUUUCAUGGCUGUUUGCACUAUACGCUACCAUUAACUUCUUUCCAGACUUUUCAACAAUAUUUUCAUGUGUACAUUUGGGAUACUCUCGCUUAUUUCCUACACUUCCGAUCCUGUCUUGCAUAGCUUGGAUUCACUUUUUUUCCAUGUUCCGGCUCUUCACUUCCUACACUCACUGUAAUAAUGUAUUGAACUAGUAAAGUGGUGCGCAGAGGUGUCAUUGUGGUAGAUAUUCUCAAAAGGGUUGCUGAUGGUAGAAACCUGUGCCGUUUGUUAACAUUUAGCAAUAAAUAAACAAAAGGGGACUUUUUUUUUUAUAACAUUAGUUUGUUUUUGUACAUAUUGCAGCUCCAGAUCAUGCUCAAAUCUGUAUGUCAUUAAAAGAAGAAAAAAAUGAGAAAAAACUUGCAAUAUUGGCAUAAAAAUGAGAAUAAAAACGUGAUAUAAAAUGUUAA